ACUAACAUAAAAUGAAGCGCAUGGAACUUGGAAGGGAAAAAUAUUACCCAGCCGCCUUUGUUAGUACCAUUUUUUCCAGCAUAAUUUAUCAGAAGACCUUAGUAGGAGACGAGAAGACCAAAAGAGAAUGAAGCUGUCUCGACCCCAAGGCAGGAUAACUAGUCGAUGAGCAUUACUUACAGAGAAGUUUCUCAGCUACAAUAUUGGAUGCUUCAAAUACAUCGGAUCGACAAGAAGCAUUGUAGUUGUUACAACUUUAAUCAGUGAAAAGCUAAUGAUAUUAGCUGAAAUUUGAGACACAUAUUUCUGGAAAGGGGAUUGCAGCAUUUGAAGAGGAGUGUUGAAGUGAUGAGCAGCAAGUUAGCAAUCAAAUGGCCUAGAAAAGUCACGACAACCCUUGUCGAACAACUGAUUCGAGCAGAAAAAGAUGUACAAAAAGCUGUUCUUAUAUUUGACGCAGCAACAGCAGAGUACUCUAAUGGCUUCCGGCAUGAUCGUAGCACAUUUGGUCUCAUCAUCUCUAGAUUGCUUUCUGCAAAUCAUUUCAAUCUAGCGGAGGAAAUGCUUGUCAGAAUGAAGGGCGAGAGCUGUAAAAUUACUGAGGAUAUAUUCCUCUCAAUCUAUAGAGCCUAUGGGCGGGUUCACAAGCCACUCGAGGUGAUCAGGGUUUUCCAAAAGAUGAAGGAAUAUGAUUGUGAGCCAACGCAAAAGUCGUAUAUUACGGUGUUCUCUGUACUUGUUGAUGAAAACCGGUUAAAAACUGCUUUUAGGUUUUAUCGUUACAUGAGGGGGAUGGGCAUUCCACCUUGUGUUGCUUCGCUUAAUAUUUUGAUUAAAGCUCUCUGCAAGAACAGUGGAACAAUAGGUUCUGCUUUUCGUAUAUUCCGUGAGAUGCCGAAUCGCGGAUUUACACCGGAUUCCUAUACAUAUGGGACUCUAAUUAAUGGGCUUUGCAAAUUGGGCAAGGCCACUGAAGCAAAAGAACUUCUGACGGAGAUGGAAGCAAAUGGUUGUUCCCCUACUGUAGUCACCUAUACUUGUUUGAUUCAUGGAUUUUGCCAGUCAAAUAACUUGGAUGAAGCCAUGGGAUUGCUUGAGGACAUGAGGAGCAAAGGUAUUGAGCCCAAUGUGUUCACUUAUAGUUCUUUGAUGGACGGUCUGUGUAAGGGUGGACGUUCUUCUCAUGCAAUGGAGCUAUUGGAGAUAAUGAUUCAUGAACAUAAGGUUCCAAAUAUGAUAACUUACAGUUCCUUAAUUCACGGACUUUGUGGAGAAGGUAAAAUUGGAGAAGCCUUAGAGGUUUUCGACAGAAUGAAAAUUCAGGGAUGUAAACCUGAUGCCGGGUUAUACUGGAAAGUUAUCAAUGGCUUUUGUGAGAAUAACAAGUUUCAAGAAGCAGCCAACUAUCUUGAUGAAAUGAUUCUUAGUGGAAUAUCUCCAAACCGAUUAACUUGGAGCUUGCAUGUGAAGAUCCAUAAUGCAGUAGUCCAAGGCCUGUGUGCCGUGAAUGAUCCAAAUCGAGCUUUUCAAUUAUAUCUAAGCAUGCGCACCCGAGCCAUCUCAGUUGAGGACAAGUCUUUUGAGAUUCUGGUCAACCAUUUCUGCAAGAAAGGAGACGUGCACAAGGCUGCUCGUAUUGUCGAGGAAAUGUUGAUUGAUGGAAGCAUUCCAGAUGAACAAACAUGGGCGGUUGUGGUGGGUGGAUUUUGGGAUAGAAGGAAGGUAAGGGAAGCAGCUGAUUCGGUACAGGCUGCCCUGAUGUAUAAACGUAUGGAUUUUGGAUCUUGAUGUCUUGUUCAAGUUUCUGAUUAUGACCGUAGAUGCCUUUGUUAAUCCAUAUGAAUGUCAGCACCAAAAUAACCUGGUUUUAUGCAUUGUUCAGCGUCUAAGAACAAUUUUGGUAAAUCAUAAUAUAGUGGGUGUCUGUUGUAUUA